AAGUCUGUCAUCCAGCACGCACUCACGAGGUCUUUCGGCUCGAAGAGACCGGCCAGCAGUAUUUUGUCGGCCUUUGGCAUCGAUUCCAAUUCCUCUCCCCAACCACUACCCUGCCCGACGGAAGCUUUCUGCCUGCGUGCAAAGGCUGACCCAGCCCACAAUGGACGACGAAGACGACCCAGUCAUUGCCUCCUACGACGUCUACCUGACAGAUGCGCCUGGGUCUAACAGCAAAGACUCCUCCUCUAGAAUCUUCGUCCUCCAAUAUCCUUCGCACCGACGCCGCUCCAAACCGUACAAUGCCGCUCUAUCUCAGACACCCACAUCUCUACGCUUGAAACCAGACACGGGCUUUUUGGAGGUGGACGUUCCGAUAUUGACAAAUGAAUAUUAUAACUACAAUGCCGCUGAAAAAUUUGGAAAGGCCAUGUUGGAUAGUCGUACCAAACAGGUAGGCGGCUCACACGGGCUCGCUGGAGGUUUCUCCGCAGGCCCUGCCCAUUCAAGAAUGAGAGACGUGCCCAUGCACGAGAACUCCUCCCAUGAUGUGCCCUUGCUGGCCUCUCAGACCCUCGGCGGAAAGCUCGUCGAUCCAAGCCCACGAGAUCCUAUCUACCUGGUUGGAUGUUUCCACCGAGACCAAUUGCAUCUCUCCCACGUGGACGGUGUGGUGCAAAUGCGGCCUCAGUUGCAUCAUAUUGAUGCCCAGGAUGAACUCACUCAGAAGCGCCUUCAAUCAAAUACACCAAAUGCACGACAAAAGCCUGGGCUCGAGACUCCCGCUCCCAAAGUCGAAUCCAAGGCCAUUGAAAUUAAAAUCAAAGAUAGCAAAGAGGACACAAGAGAUCGCAGUCUUAAUGAGAAUGCAAGACUUCUUCGUGAUAUUCAAGUUGACGAUUGGCAACAUCAUGAGUGGGUAGACGAAGAUGACGAUGACGCGGAGGCGGCGUUUGGCAGACUCAUGCAUUCACGCUGUGGCGCAGACAAUCUGCCUAUCAGAUUACGCAGUUCCAUUGGAAAUGGGGACUGGCUGGACAGAAUGAGUGCUCCGAGAGAAGAUGGCAAGAAAGGGUUACUGGCAAAGCUGCGCGGUCGGGAGCGCGAACGUGCGAGAAGGAAGAAGGCUGAAGAAGAAAAGCGUCAACGACAAAAGGAAGUCUCAGGAGCCGCAGUCGAUCCCAGCAGCGCAAUGUUGGACAUGAGUUCGGACAGUGAUCUGACCACACCUGGAUCAUCGGAUAGUGAGGUUGAGGAGGACACCACGAUGGCAGGAACACAAGAGGUUGAGCCUGUGACUAUCAAGGAAGAGCCUGCCGCCUCGGGCUCGCUUUCGAUGACAACAAGCAGCGGGCCAAAGAAGAGAGGACGGCCCAGAAAGUCUCAACCGCUCGCGGCCGGAGACUGAGAUCAAGAAGGUGACGCAGAGAAGGCGUAUCCUGACUGAACAACAGUUCAAGCAUAUGAGCAAUCUCCUUAAGAGAUGCCUCCGUUUGGCAAUCAGUGACAAGCGCGUCUGAGUAAAGAAUGACUUUGCCGCUAUUUUGGCCGCACGAAGUGUUGCAAUGGCAGAGCACAAUUUCUAUGCUGGACGAUGAAUGAUACAACCGACUCGAUGAAUCAAUUGCGGUGCAGGAUACGGAGUACUACUGUUCUGCUCUUCAUUGGCCGACAUCUUAGAAAAGAGCAC